AUGGAGAGGCGCCUACCGAUAGAGGAGGAGAGAGGCGAGGAAACAACAACGGAGGUGCUGCUUGCCGAUUGGCUCCUUUGCCGGUCAUCCGACUCGAGCUCGACGGAGAGCCUCACUCCCUCCCUCAGCCGCUCCGCCGCAGAAUGCUGCGACUUGGCUUUUCAACGUGGCCACGGGAGUGUCAGCGGCAGCGGCAACGGCGCCAUAAGUAACGGCAAGCAGCAGAAAGUUUCUCCAAACAAGGGGCAAAAAAUGCAGCCCUGUCGUUGGCUGCUGCGGCGUCCUUCGCAGGGAAAGACGCAGUCAGAGGUCAACCAUCUGCGCAUGAAUGGACGCAGCGACGCAGAUGGUUUCUCGCCACUGUGCAACGUCCCCUUCCUAGCGCAACAGCAGCGGGGCGCAGGCGUGAGGCAGACAACUCCAAUUCCACACUUCACGCAGUUGUGUCGGCUCACGGGGUCACCACGGACCCGACGCCGCGUACAAUUUAAGCUCUUCCAGGACCCGUCACCCUCGCAGCUUCGCCGCCUCAGUGAGGCAUGCACGGACUUUAUACUCGUUUGUCUGGUGCUGCUGAGCCUCAUUCUGGUUCUCUUCUUUUGA